GUCUCUCCCCAUGUAAGCUUAAGUAUCAAUUUGGUGAUUCCUUUCAUGGUAUAAAUUCCAAGAAAGUAUAAGAACCGCCUCAGGCCCUCCAAGCCGGAGAAGUAUCGCAUCCAGACACUUCAUACUUUCAUACCUUCUCAAAGACCGAAUCACGACCAUGACUCCACAACCUUACAAAAUCUCCGUCCCACAGGAGAAAAUCGAUAACUUGAAGACGAAACUUGGCCUCGCAAGCUUCCCAGAUGAAUUGGACUCUUCAGCAUGGGAUCUCGGGGUUCCCCUCGCUGACAUGAAGCGACUGACGAAAGCGUGGGAGAAAUGGGUUUGGCGACAAGCGGAAGAGAGACUCAACAAGGUCCCUCAGUACCACACCAGCAUUAAAGUUGACGGCUUUGAUGUGUUGAACAUUCAUUUCGUCUGGCAAAAGAGCGAGACCAAAAAUGCUAUCCCGUUGCUUUUUGUUCAUGGAUGGCCAGGGAGUUUCAUCGAAGCUCUCCCCAUUCUCGACCUCCUGGCCAAACCCGGUGGCCCUGCUUUCCACAUUGUCGCCCCUUCCCUCCCCAACUACGGGUUUUCCGAGGGUCCAAAGAAAAGGGGGUUUGCACUCGCUCAGUACGCUGAAACGUGCCACAAAUUGAUGCUCUCUCUCGGGUACAAUGAGUAUGUUACUCAAGGAGGAGACUGGGGAUUCUGGGUCACAAGAGCAAUUGGUGCUCUUUAUCCAGAACACUGCAAGGCGAGCCAUACCAACAUGAUUCUAGCUCGUCGUCCAACCUGGUCAAAGAAUCCAUUCUUAGCCCUCCAGCAUACCGUCAUGCCCUAUUCCCAGAGAGACAAAGCUGGAUUCGAACGCUCAGCAUGGUUUUCAAAGGAAGGCUAUGGUUAUAACUUGACCCAAUCAACAAAACCUCAGACAUUAGCCUAUGCUCUGAAUGACAGCCCUGUUGCGUUAUUAGCUUGGAUAUAUGAGAAAUUGCAUGACUGGACUGAUAACAUGCCUUGGAGUGACGAGGAGAUCUUGACGUGGGUCAGUAUCUAUCAGUUUUCGAGAAUGGGUCCGGGUGCUGCUCACAGGAUAUACUAUGAGACCUUGCAUACGAAAUCGGGACUUGGAAAUAUCACCACAGCUGAUCUGGGAGGAUAUAUAAGCGGGGUCAAGUUGGGAAUGGCCUACAACCCAAAAGAGCUCGCCGUAUUCCCCAAAACAUGGUGUAGGACUCUGGGCCCGGUUGUUUAUGAGGCCGAGAACGAUUCCGGAGGGCAUUUCUAUGCUACUGAGAAGCCAGAAUGGCUUGCAAGAGAUUUGAGGGCGAUGUUUGGGAAGGGAGGUGGAGCUUAUGGGGUGGUGAAGAAGGGGAGCGGGUACGAUGAUGAUGCUCGAGCAAAGUUGUGAGUCGGGCACGUGAUGGUCUUUCAUUGUACAGCACUUCUGGCUUCAAUAUAUAUUUCUUAGCACCAGUUGAACAGCCAUAGAGGAUGUCUAAACCUACGGUUCCACCUCGAGUCCGCAAGACAAUACAGCUGUCAAGUUGUAAGCCC